CUAAAUUUCAAGGGAAAGGUUGGGGCAGUGCCAUCCAGGAAAGUGAGACAAGUAAAGGGCCGGGCAGCCCCGGAAGGCCCGCCUUCUGCGGUUGCCAGGCAACAGAGGAAAACAGCAAAAAGUGGCAGGAUCAUGGCCACGAACUACAGUGCCAACCAGUAUGAAAAAGCUUUCUCUCCCAAGUAUCUGCAGAACUGGUCUCCGGCCAAGCCAACAAAAGAGGUAUUGCAUGUGCUCCUGCGGAGCCAGUAUCUGAUUCUUCCCACCAUAUCUGUAACUCACUGGCACCUAAUUUCUUUAGCCUCCUCUAAAUUCCCAUAUCCUUCUCUCCCUCAGCACUUAGCUCAAAUCCCUUGGACACCUAUUCUCUCCUUUCUAUUCCAUUUUUCACAAGCACUUCUCUCCUCACCUCCUCCUCAGAGAAUUUCUUCCCAAGAAGGCUACACUCAGAUUAUCGCCAAUGAUCGUGGUCAUCUGUUGCCUUCAGUGCCCCGGUCCAAGGAGAGUCCCUGGGGAUCUUUCAUGGGCACCUGGCAAAUGCCUCUGAAGGUACCCCCUGCUCGGGUGACCCUGACCUCCCGUUCAGUUGCUGGUGCUGCCUCCCUCACCAAAUGGAUACAGAAAAAUCCAGAUUUGCUCAAGGCCUCCAAUGGGCUGCGUCCUGAAAUCUUCGGCAAGGAAUCGUGGUCACUGAGGGAGGAUAGAGGAAGUAGCAAGAAUACAACCUCUGGGGCCAGGCAAUUGACAUCUGCAGGGGCUUGCUGGGAAGAAGUGCCUGAAAGAGCUCAUGAUGGCUCCUGGAAGUGGCUGCAGGAUAUCCUGACCGCCUGCCCCGUUCUGUAUACAGCACUUUACUGCAGUGGAGCAGGCCGGAGCUGGUCCUGGCAGCCAAGUGAAGAAAGCCCCAUUUAAUUUGAGCAAUUAGAUAGAACAGCUUCAGUGGCUUUAUAUUCCCGAAUUAUACUGCUUAGCUGUUAGAGGGUCCUUCCUCAGGCUCUGUGGUUCUAGGAGGAGAGGCUAUUGCCCGCUUCCCGGUAUCCUAGAUAUUAAUUUGGUUUCCUCUCAUAAAUUUUUCACUUGUAAUGAGGAAAGCUUUGGCCAGUCACUUUUGAUUACAUUAACUGAUUGGUAUUCCUUGUUCAAAGAUGUGAUUCGAUAAGAAAAUAUAUAUUUGUUUUUUUCCCCCAGUUCCAGGCACAUAGAUCCUGAAAGCUUUGGAACCUCUAGAGUGAUUAAGUAUCUUUACUAUGCUGGUGACAUAUGACAAUGACUGGUGGCUGGGGGGCCUCUAGAUAGCUUCAGGAUGAGGGCCUGUUGACAGAAAGAUCAAGGCAAGAUUGAGGGUUAGAACUUUCAUCCCUAUCUCCCCAUCCCCACCCCUCACAUAUCUGCAAAGGAGUGGCUGGUGAUUGAGCUAAUGGCCAACAAUUUAAUCAAUCUUGCCUAGGUGAUGAAACCUCCAUAAAAGCUCCUGAACUUGGACAGCAUUCAGGCUGCUGAACACAUGAGGUACUGACAGGGUGGUGUUAAAAAAACAACAAAAAAAAGAACCCCAAAAAACCACAGGCCUAACAUGACACUUAGGCCAAAUCAGCAAACCUAACUUAAUGUCUAACUUAACUGCAGUUUCAACUCUCCAGGAGUGUAACCUUUAACCAGUCAACAAGGAAAUUCCUGGUCAAUACUAGGACAUUUACUGAUAUAUACCUUCCACUCGCCUUAGGAGGGUAACCUUGCCUAAACAAUGCAUUCCUUGUUAAUAAAUAAAUU